AUGGACAGUGCAUCCGCUGUAUGCACUGAAAAUGUAUGGCUCGCCUCGGGUAAAUCAACGAAGCCUCCUCGCCCCUCCGCUGCGCGGCCUUCCGUUAACCCAUCAGAUGCAGCGUACCCUCCGAAAGGGAACCCUCCUCCGCAACAGGGGUAUGGAGGCCAGCCUGGACAGCCCGGGUACGGCCAGCCAGCCUAUGGAGGACAACCCGGGUAUGGCCAGCCAGGCGGAAUUGGUAUGGUCAUUGUGCAGUCGGGUCCUCUUAGACCAUCAUCCUAUCUUGCAUUCUCCAUCGUGAUGUGUCUAUUCUGCAACUGGGUGUUUGGCAUCAUCGCGAUCAUCCUGUCGGCUCUGUCGGAAAAGGAUGCGGAUGAGGGAAACAUGGAUGAAGCCCGGCAGAAGGGGCAAGCAGCCCUUGGUCUCAACAUUGCUUCGUUGGUCAUCGGUGUACUCAUCAUCAUCAUCGUCCCAAUCAUCUUUUUCACGGUAUUGGCCUCCACCGCUACGACUUAUUAUGGUUAG